UUUUGUACUUCGCCAAAACAAACAAACAAAAAGGGCUCAAGAGGUUUUAUUGCUUACACCUACAACUAAGUUCAAAUCUUACGCUAUCAACUCUCUCUCUCUUGUUUCUCUUUGUAGCUCAUAGAAAUUUAUCUGAGUGUGUUGAAAGUUGUAUAUGGAGGUAAGGGAGCAGAAGAGGGAAGGAUCCUUUCUUGAGGGAUUUUCACCUGUUUCUUCAACUCCUGUUUUAUGGAAGUCUAGGAAACGAUCUGUAGCCAGUGUGAAGAACUUGGAAAACCAAGUCACUGGUAAAGCUGAUGAAACACCUCAAAAGCAAGAAGAGUCUUCAGCUGAUGAAAAGAUGCAGGAAUCCCAGCCCUCUACUGAACUUUCAGAGCGUAGAAAGGCGCUAUUUGAACCAUUGGAACCGGUUACGAAUGCAAAUGGUCGAAGGCCGUCAGCUGAAACUUUGCUACCUCCACCAGACUUUGACGCUGCAUGUUACCCUAAAGGUUGGCUUGCUGGAAAGAGACGGAAGCUUGUAAAUGUGGAUGUUGUUGAAAGUAUGCGAAGAAUCGCUCUACAGGAAAUGAAUAGAAAGGAUCGUGAAAUCGAUGGUCUGAAUGAACAGUUGGAAGCAGAUGCUCAAUGCCUUGAACAUCUGCAAAUACAGCUGCUAGAAGAAAGAAGCAAGCGCGCCGAUGUAGAGAGGCAAAAUGCUAUGUUGCAAAGCCAGAUAAAUGUGCUUAUGAACAUGUAUCAGGAUAACGAUGACAUUGAUGAUGAUGGUACAGAUGAUUCUUAAUUAGUUGUCUUCUUUAUUCUUUUGUAGAUUUCGUUAGACAAUAAUAGAACAUAUAGAAGAAGGUGGUGGUUGUGCUUUCAAGAUGUAAAAUAUAUAUAUAUCUACAAAUGCCGCCAGUGUAUUCGCAAUAUUAUUUACUGUUUAAAAGCGCUACUCCGUGUGUAAGAUGUUGGUAGUUCCUUUUAUUUGAUCUACUAUUCCUCAAA